AUGGCGCACGUCAAGGUCGUCAAGACCUCGGCCUACUACAGCCGCUACCAGGUCAAGCCUCGGCGGAGGAGGAUUGGCAAGACGGACUACAAGGCCCGCCACGCUCUCUGUCUCCAGGACAAGAACAAGUACAACACGCCGAAGCACAGGCUGGUCGUGCGCUUCACGAACCGCGACAUCGUCUGCCAGAUCACCAAGGCGACGAUCGCUGGUGACGUCGUCGUCGCCGCCGCGUACUCUCACGAGCUCCCGCACUUCGGCCUCAAGGUGGGCCUGAACAACCAUGCGGCAGCCUACUGCACGGGCCUCCUGGUCGCCCGGCGCGUCCUGACCAAGUUCGGCCUGGCCGAGCACUACAAGGGUCAGGAGGAGCCCGACGGCGAGGACUUCACCGUCGAGGAGGUCGAGGACGGCCCGCGCCCCUUCUACGUGGUGCUGGACACUGGCCUGAAGGCCACGACGACGGGCAGCAAGAUCUUCACCGCGAUGAAGGGCGCGCUGGACGGCGGCCUGGACAUCCCGCACAACGAGAAGCGCAUGAUCGGGUACGACCCGGACGCCAAGUCGUUUGACGCGGAGAUGAUGAAGUCUUACAUCUUCGGCGGACCCGUGACCGAGUACAUGGAGUACCUCGAGGAGGAGGACCCGGAGAAGCUUCAGGCCCAGUUCAAGGCGUACAUUGACGAGGGCGUGGGCGCGGACGACCUGGAGGAGCUGUACGAGAGCGUGCACGAGAAGAUCCGCGAGAACCCGAUCAUCCCGAAGAAGGCGCGCAAGAAGCCCGCGCAGAAGAAGAAGUGGAAGACCCCGAAGCUGACCUACGACCAGCGCAAGGCCAACCUCAAGGAGAAGCUUGCCGAGCUCAUGGCCUGA